AUGAUUGUGGGCCAGGAUACCAAGGUGGCGCCUGUAGCUAACCCCCCGGCGGCUGAUACCUCUCAGUUUAAAGACGAGAAGGCUCCCCCUGUGGACAUAGAGCAGGGAAGUCGCGACACUGCCUCAUGGGUUGAAGACGAGACGAAGGUUGCACGGGAUACCAUUUUGGGUUAUGACACCCUCGCAUACAACUCUCCAGCCAUCUCCAAGUUCCCUUACCUGGAUAGGGAAGGACUUGACCCAGGCUCCCAGGCAGUCGCUCAAAAUCCAAAGCCAAAGCGACCUUGGAUAUGGAUUGGGGCAGUGGGUCUAUGCAUGCUCAUAAUCGUCAUCUUAGCCGCUCUCUCGGGCGCUUUGGGAUCUCGAUGGCUCAGAGACCGCGGGUACAUAGAGGACGAUAUCUGGUACACGAGGACGACAGAUCCAAACGGAGAGCGAUUUAUCGUGAUCCGGGGAACGUUGUCCAUUCCUGUCAACGCACCUACCUCGGGCAUGCACAUGCCGUACGACUCCUCCUCCUUCCCCACUCCCACCUCUCUCGGCCCUUCGAACAGCCCAUCGCUGAGCAUUUCAAACACGGAAUAG